ACUUUCGCUUUUGACGUUUUAAAAAUUUCGCAUAACCAAAUAUGGGGAUUUCUUCGAAGCUAAUGUGAACUAGAUAUGAAGUGUCUGUUAAAAAUAUUCUUUUUUUAAUUUCCGAAUAAAAUUUAAAUGUAAUUAAUCGUUGUAAACGUAUAUUUAUAGGAUAUUAUUUAUAAAAACCCAAGAUGUCUUUCCGUGUGGUGCGCAGUUCCAAAUUCCGCCAUGUCUAUGGUCAAGCUUUAAAAAGGGAACAAUGCUACGAUAAUAUUCGUGUUUCUAAGAGUUCAUGGGAUUCAACGUUUUGUGCUGUGAACCCCAAAUUUUUGGCUAUAAUUGUAGAAAGUGCUGGAGGAGGUGCCUUCAUUGUCUUACCCCUAUCAAGUAUAAAUAAGACAGGGCGUAUCGCUGCCGAUCAUCCGCUGGUAGGUGGUCAUAAAGGUCCUGUCCUGGACAUCGCCUGGUGUCCUCAUAACGAUAAUGUGAUAGCUAGCGGGUCCGAAGAUUGCGUCGUCAAAGUAUGGCAUAUACCAGAUCAUGGCCUUCACAAAACAUUAACAGAACCAGUCGUCGAUUUAGUUUAUCACCAACGUAGAGUCGGUCUCGUAUUAUGGCAUCCGACAGCGUUAAACGUGCUUCUUACUGCUGGCAGUGACAAUCAUGUAGUUAUUUGGAACGUUGGAACCGGAGAAUCCUUAGUUGAAAUUGACUGCCAUCCUGAUAUUGUUUACAGUGCCUGCUUUAAUUGGGACGGAUCGAAAUUAUUAACAACGUGUAAAGAUAAGAAAAUCAGAAUAAUUAAUCCCCGAACUGGAGAAGUCGAAGCUGAAGAUCUAGCACAUGAAGGUUCUAAAGCGACAAGAGCAAUAUUUUUAAGGCACGGUCUAGUAUUCACAACAGGCUUCUCGAAGAUGUCCGAAAGACAAUACAGUCUGCGUACACCGGAUUGCUUGGGAGAACCAAUCGUAAUGGUAGAAUUAGACACAUCGAACGGUGUUAUGUUUCCACUGUACGACCCAGAUGCAAAUUUAGUUUACCUUUGCGGUAAAGGCGACUCUGUGAUUAGGUAUUUUGAAAUAACGGCAGAACCACCAUUCGUUCAUUAUAUUAAUACCUUCCAAACACCUGAUCCACAAAGAGGAAUCGGGAUGAUGCCAAAGAGAGGAUGUGAUGUCACAUCAUGUGAAAUUAGUCGUUUCUAUAGACUCAACAACUCCGGUUUAUGCCAAGUAAUAACCAUGACAGUGCCUAGAAAAUCAGAGCUUUUCCAAGAAGACUUAUACCCGGAUACUAUAGGAGAUACAGCAGCACAAAGCGCAGAAGAAUGGAUCGGUGGUCAAGACGCAGAGCCAAUCUUAAUAUCAUUAAAAGACGGAUACAAACCGCCAGAAUCAAAAUCUUCUCUAUCCUUAUCUAAACGAAAUUUGUUGGACAAAAUUCCACCAAAAGGCGGAAAGGCUAGCAGUCAGGCUGCAAAUGCGGCGGCGGAGAAUAAAGCUCUUCAAGAGUUUGCCGAUGAAAUUAGAAAACUCAAAGCUAUGAUAGUAAAGCACGAGAAUAGGAUUCGAGCCCUCGAAGCGGAGGUAGCGCUGAAAAAAACCGUCACUGCUGACGACGACGACGGUCCAGGAGGCGGUGAUGGACUUAACGCGACGCCAGCUGAAAUGGCUUCGGACGAAGUGUGAUGUGCCACAUUUUACCAACGCGCACAACGACUACUGCUCAACUAAUACUUAUAAAGGUGUUGCACACGUUUUGGUUUUGCAAUUGCUCUGCUUUUUUAUACAUAAUAUAUAAUUUAAGUCCCAUCAUUUUAUUUAUUUUUUUAUCAUUCAAAUAUAUUUUAUUAACUACCCAUAUCAUCAUAUUCGCCAAGUGCUCUUAUAUAACUACUAUUUGAAAGUUGUUUUAAUUAGUUCGAAAUCAAAAGAACUUUUGUAAAUCUUUUUUAAAGAUUGUCUUAAGCCAAAAAGAAAGAUAGAAAGAAAUGUUAUUCAUUCGCCACCACUUGUUACGAUCUCUAACACUGGAUGUCAUGUGGUUCUUGUUAUAAAUAUUUUUUAAAUAUAAUCUAUGUAGUUUAAGAAUCGUGUCCACUGUAUUUCGCUAAUAAUCCAAAAAACGAUAACUGAAGUUAAUUCUUUCAACGUCUCAACAAAAAAACAAGUAUUUUGAAGGACAAACGGUACAUGGCCAGGAUAGCAAUAGACGUAAGCUGCGCGCAAACGUAGGAGAGAUGCAGAAUUUAUUUGUAGGUUAAAGUACAGCGUUGCCACGGUUCCUACAAAUCGUCGUCGUCACGGCAAAACUCACCAAGUCCAAUUUUGUCAACAAUAUGAAUUUUCAUAGUCUGGCAGAAAUAACGAAGUCCUAUAAAGUAGGUAAAGUUGUUUGCCUAGGUCACUGAAUAUGCAUAAGUCCAAAAUUACCAUUUUGUUGUCAGGCAGAAGUCACUAAAUGUUCGUUUUCUCAGAUUUGUUAUUUUGGACUUAGUGACUUUUGCCGUAACGACGACGAAAUAUUGAAUGAUUUCUUUGUAUGUACAGAAAUGUCAAUGAAUCAUUGCUAUGCUCAAAAUUACCUGCUAUAAUAGCCACACAUUCUUGCACUUUUUUAAAAUCAAUAAUAGGUUUAUUAGCCUCUGCUUCUUAUUGAGCAACUUUCAACACUGACUGUAUUAUUUCACGAGCUUGAGCAUUCAAAAUACUCUUGCACUUUUUUAAAGUCAAUAAUCGGUUUAUCAGCAGCUACUUCGCGUUUAGCUAAUUUGAACACAGAGUGUAUUAUUUCACGAGCUUGAGCAUUCAAAACUUUUGGCUUCAAUUUAUACUGUUGAUCCGUGUGUCACUAUUAUUAAAAAUUGAGAAUUUACACAAAAUUUGUCAAAACUAUCGUAUAUGUACGCAAAUAUUUGUCAAACUAUGUGCGCAUAGUAUAUUCACGUCUAUUAGUAUUCUGGUUCACUACGCACUCAGUAGUUAAAUUUUCUGUCAGGAGUGCUACAUACAUUACCAUAAUCAUUGGCGUACUUUGUAUUCAAUGUUUUUUUUUUGUUUGUGAAUUUGAUAGCCUUGGCCGAGCCAAUUAGCCAGACAUUUUGUUAUUUUAAAAACAAUUUUUUUUUCAGUCGGAGGAAUUUUUUCUGUAUUUAUAACUCGUAAAUACAUAACAAACUAACAUAUUACAAUUAUUAUCUAAAUAAUACACUGUUUUGGUUGUAAAAAAUAUUUUUUAUAAAUAUUUAUUUUUUUUGUAUUUUUUUAUUACCUAAAUAUUUUUAAUUUGUUUUUUUAUUAUUUUUUAUUAAUUGUUUUUUUUACUACGCUAAGACAUAAACCCGAUUCAACAUCUCGGAAGUUUUCUUAGUUUUUUUCUCUUUUUUUUUGUUUUUUUUUUUUCUCUUCUUUUUGAUUUUUUUCAAGUAUUCAAUGCUUUUAAUGUAAAAUAUUGGUUUUUGAGUACCCAACUUAAAUUUUAUGUUAUUGAGAAUAAGAUGUCAAAAAUAGUAUAAAAUGAUCAAAUUGAAUCACAAUCAGUGUGGUGACAUAAAAAUUUCAUUGACUUGAGUGUAAGACGGGUAUAUAAUACUGUAUUUCUGCUAAUUGCUGUAUCACCAAAACUAUUAUGACAAAGGCAAAUAAUUAACUUAGAUAUCGAUUCACAAAUAUGUGUGGACAAAUAUUUGUUGUUAAGUAUUAUCAGUUUAUUUGAAUAAUGCAGUAUUUAUUGUAUGUUAAAACUAAUUUUAAGUAAAUCUCUAUCGAAGGAAAUGAUACAAUGUUUCAAAUUGAAAGAGAACGGUGCUACUAUAGUAUGCGGUCUACCUCGAAGAUGCAGUCUACCUAUGCAAAUAUCUUUAUUAUCGAAAUCUGAAAAUUUCUGCAGAAUUUACUCAAAAUAAUGAAAGUAAUAGUGAUAUAAUAACGAAAAAAAAAAUAAAGAAAAUUCUUGUAGAAAAAAAUAUUUAUUCACAAAUAAUAAAUAUUUGGUGGAAAAUAAAUGUAAAAUGAAAGGCGGUAAAUAAUUUACAAAAAAGUCCACCUCAACUGUUUACAAAAAAAAAAAAUUAUGUAUAACCUAAUUAUUUACAAAACGAUACAGCCUAAUUAUUAUUAAAGAAAAAAUUCAUGCGAUUCAAUUUAAGAGAGAAAGGCAGUCAAUGGUUCUAGAUUAAAAAGCCAUACAGGCACCCUAACCAACAAAAUUAUGGUGUUAUUUAUAUAAUAGUAAAGAAAUAACUUUUUUUGUAGAUUCCUGAAAAUGUUAAUUACUACUUAGCAAAAAACAUUUUGCUGCCUUUCAUUAUUGCAUGCAAAUCCUUUGAGAAACGAUUACUGUGUUGUUCGGUAGACCGCAAAGUAUAGCAGAAACGCUGCGGUAGACCGCAUACUAUAGAAGCACCAAGAGAAGUAUACCAUGUGCCUUUUUAACUCAUGUGCCCAUGAUAAUUUUACAAUGCACCAUGACAUUCGUAUAGAUCAAGUUUUAGCUUGCUUGUUUUAAAUGUGGUUUGUAUAUAAAUAACAUCUUCUUAAGACACCUAAAGGCACGUAUCCACUAUGUUGGUGCUCUUGCAAUUGCUCCUCAUAAUGGAUACGUUGGCGCUCCCCUUCGGUGCGACAGUGCGCGCUUCGCCUCGGUUCUCCAAUCGGUGGCGGUUUAUAUGUAGACUAGCGCAUGCCCUAGCGAUUGGAGCAGUUGCAGGGAGCACGGAGCACCAUCAUAGUGGAUACGUGCCUUAAUAUGUUAGAUAUAUUUAUAUAGUUUAUGAUAUUGUUGUGGAAUUUUUGAUAGUCGUUUUUAGGAAAUCAUAUUUUCAGUAUUUUUGUAACUUUUAACAGCAAUAUGUACAAUUCGAAAUAGACUGAUGCCUGAUUGGGUGAUGUUGAACAUAAAUUAAGAAUAAUUUUAAGCAUAUAUCGAAUUAGGUAGAUAAGAUUUAAGACUGGUGAAAGACACGGAGAUAUAUUUAAUGUAAAGUCAUAGAUUUUAAAUCAAUGGAUUAAAACUAAUACUAUAUAAUUUAUAAAUUAUAGUCGAAACGGGAAUCCCUCAGAAUGCGCAAUAACGUGGCACUAUCAAUGUUUGGUAUAUGAAAUUCAAUAUGUUUCAGAAAUUGCAGAAGCCGCUUAAAGAUGAGAUAUUUUAACAUCCCAUUAAUCAUUCUAAAUUAGUGGAUGUAAUUACAGUUAAAAUAAUUAGACAAUAAUGAUUAUGCAAGAGAAAUUAAAAGUUUUUUUCUAUUUUUAAGGACAAAAAAUGCAAGUGGAACUGAAUUCAAAAUUAUUUUGCACAUCAUAUUUGAAACAUUAUUUGGUUAAAACAUUUCAUUUUUGAUGGUAAAAAAAUAUAUUAAUUUGUCUGGUUGUAAUUACGGUUUUGUAGAUAUGUGUAGAUUCACACAAUGUUGCCAAACUAAAUUUUGUUAUAUCCGGUUUAAAUUUUCUAGGGUAUUUCCGAGCCUACUGUACAAGCUUCUUCCACAUUUAAAAGUAACCGUAUUAGGUAAGAAUAAAUCAAAUUCAAAACACCAAAAAUCAUGUCAGCUUAUGUUAUUAAUAACUAAAUUAGUUCGUAUAUUUUUAAAAUUCAAUCUUAUAACUUUAAAAUGUUUGAUAGUAAAUACUAUAUUGAGGUCCUAAAGCCUUGGUUUCCUCGUAAGCGGCACCGAAAAACUGCGACCGUAACACUGCGAUGAAUGAUGUCAUAAAAACUGUACCACGCAAAAUAAUAGCGGUGGUUUCCAAGGAUGCGUUGAAAGCCACCGCUUGCUGAGUUUACACAUUGAAUUUUUCACCGUAAUCUGACGUCAUUCAUCGCAGUGUUACGGUCCCAGUUGUCGGUGCCGCUUUCGAGGAAACCCAGGUUUCAGAGCAACAGUGACUUAGCCACAAAUCGAUCAUUUUUAUAUUAAUAUAUCAAUAAAAGCAGCAACAUUAAAUCUUUGGAUUAACAGCGGCCAACACAACCUACCUCUAUAUUUGGCUAGAUGGCGCUACAUAAUUUAUAGCGCCAUCCCAUAAACAUAAUGCAAAGAUUACAUUUGCCUCAGAACUUCGUUUUUGGACAUAGGUCACUGUUGAUCUGAUAGCCUCAAUUACAUAAUGAUUUCACAAAUGUUUACUGUUAUUUUAAUGUUUUUUUGGUUUUCCUAUCACAUUGCUAAUAUCUUCUGUAUAUUAAUCUAUAUAGUAUUAUUUUUAUAUCUUCAUAUAGUAAACUUGUAUUUUAAUGUAAACAUCCGUUAAUUCUUCCAUUAAACGAAAUGUUUUAGAAGCAAUAUUUUAUCUAGAAAGCUUUAAAAUACAGUAUGCUGCAAAAUAAACAGUACCUACUGCAAUGAAUAUUGAAAUGUUUAUUAUUAUUUAUAUAUUUAUUAUACAUGAUACAGCCUUGCAAACAUUAUUCACGACGACGUUCCGGAUAAAACAAAUGUUUAAGAUGCCCUCCUUUCAGUUUCAAGCAUUUUUCGUAGCGUUCAUGAAGAUUCUCAGUCAUGUUUGUGAACAAAAACUGCCUCCUUCAGCAUUCCUCAUAGGUACGCAUUAGGUGGCGUUAGAUCUGGCGAGUGCGAUGGCUAUCUAAAAUCACUACCACACGAAAUAAGGCCCCAAAAUGAUUUCGCAACAAUUAAAGAGUUAAUUAAACAAUUAAAGCCGUGUGACAGGUUGGCGCGUCCUGCUGAAACCAUUGUUGAUUAAGUGGUAGGUUUCUGGCACGUCAAAAAUGCUGAAGGUCGUGUAGAAAUGACGUGAUAAUCUGUUCUCUGUAGCGCUUCGGAUUAACAAUUAACGGCGUUCCAUCAUUUGCUUCAAUAAAAUAAGGGCCCAUUUGAAAAUAAAUGAAUGCCACGGGCGGAUACAACACACCAAAUGGUAAUACUGUCACUGUGAAGGGGGUACUCCACGAUUACGUCGGGGCAUUCGAAUCCAAGAAACCGUGUUGCUCGACCUUUUCCGUGUGACCGAAAAUAGUUCUCCACGAUAAAAACUUUUUCUGUAACACUGACAACGAUCCUGAAGCACCUAACAUUAACACGACAUUCACAUACUACGUUAUAACGACGCGUCAUUGGGAAACUCAGUAAGUUUCGGCGCAAGACACAUCUGCAUUUCAGUACUGUUUAUAUUACCGCAUACCGUACUCUGAUAUCAAAUAAAAAUAUUGAUACUUUGUUGAAUAUUUUCACGUGUAAAUAAGCCAUUUGUUUUUAUAGACAUAUUAAGACCAGUUUCGUUAAAAAAAAUAGUAUUUUAUCGUUUCCUUUAUUACUGUUAGCAAAUUCUAUGUAAAUAUAUUAAAAUAUUAGAGAGUAUUGUAAAUUUUAUAACUUUUUGAGUGAUUGUCAAAAAUUCCAUAAAGUUAUUGAUUGCGUGCUGCUGUGUUAACAACGAAUAAUAAUGUAUAUAAUUGUAAAAAACAGUUUAUAAUGCAUUUUCUCAGUUAACUAAUAACUAAUUCAUGAUUGUGUUGUUAGUAUUUUUACAAAUACAAGAAAAUUGGAAAA